AUGUUGUACCUAGAAGAUUAUCUCGAAAAUAUCGAGCAUUUGCCACAAGAGAUGAGAAAUCGCUUUACAAAAAUGAGAGAAAUGGACUUACAAGUAGAAAAUUCUAUGGAUUGCAUAAAAAAAAACGUGGAUACUUUGUUUUUAAAAGCAGACAAUAUGAAUCCAGAUGAAUUAGAAACUAAUUUUAAAGCAAUCAUGAAAGAAGGAGAAAAAUCUGUGGAACAAUCUGAGGAAAAAGUUCAAUUAGCUAACCAUAUGCAUGACCUUAUGUCAAAAUAUUUGAGACGAUUAGAUCACGAGUUACACAAAUUUAAAAUGGAACUAGAAGCUGAUAACAGUGGUAUUACUGGACUUAUUGAAAAAAGAAGUUUGGAUUCAGAACAAAGUAAUAUUAGUAUUCCCAAUCAAAAAGAAAAUAAGUAUCAAUUGAAUAGAUGUCUUUUUAGUGACAAACAAGAAUCAUUAAAUCAUGUCAGUACUUCCAAACAAAAAUCAACAUCAAUAGCUUCAAAUUCUACUAGUAGUGGUGAUGUAGCAUCACCUUCACGUCGUGAUACAAGUCCUGCAAAUUCUCGAAUGGUUCCAUCUUCUUUAUCUUAUACAUUAGGACAUAUGGGAGCUGGAAGUCCUGCAAUUGCAGCAGCUGCAUCCCAAGCUAUUGUUGCUACUCAACAAUUGUCUCAAGGUCGUAGGACAGCUAGUCUAAAAGCAUCUCUAGAAGCAAUUAAUUCUGGAGCAAACUUGACAGGUCAAAUGAGCUCUGCGUCAGGUGUUCUACCAUCAGAAUUGCCUAUUAGUAAAGAAUUGGCAGGUGUGGCACAUUUAGUCAACCCUAAUAUGGAUGGAACUAGAAAACAUAGAAGGCGAGGAGGUACUCAAAAUGCACAGAUGUCCACUGAAGAAGAUGUGGAUGAACCAAUCGAUCCUAAUGAACCUCGUUAUUGUAUAUGUAAUCAAGUUGCUUAUGGUACAAUGGUUGCUUGUGAUAAUAAAGGGUGUCCAUAUGAAUGGUAUCAUUGUGAAUGUGUCGGUAUAACAGAUCCACCAAAAGGCAAAUGGUAUUGUCCUCAAUGUAUUACAACAAUGAAGAGUCGUAGAUCACGAAAAACCACAUGAAUGAUAAUGCAUUUACUUAUAACCACUAAUGUGUACUUAUUUAUUUAUUUUUUUAGCUUGAUAUUAUUGAAACCAAUUAUUUUUGUAAAAAAAAAAGAGAAUAGAAAAUGAAAACAAAAUGUAAAUUUUUACAAAACAUUCUUAAGGAAUUUUCUUGUUUAUUUUAUUAUUAUAUUAUAUAUAAAUUAUUUAAAAAAAAAAAAAAAAACUAUUAUAAAUAUUUAUAUUUAUAUUAUAUUACUCUUAGCAGUUUUUCAAGAAAAAA